AUGUACUUCAACUCUUCUAGCCAAAAUCCUUCGCCUGAAACUGAAACCCGUGACUGGACCUUGGGUCCUCAGCAGAAGAUAUCUUCUGUCUCUCAAGGGGAGAAGAGUCGAGCUGUGAUGGUUCUCAUGUCCUUGGUUCAGUCAUUCUCGCCUGCACAUGAAACAUCGCAAGGAGAAGUGAGGAACAAGAUCCAUAAUAUACUAGGACAGACCACUAGUAUUGACUAUCGAAGGAUUCCAACUUCCUUUUCCCUGGUUUUCCCUAUUCAAUGA